CAUUCAAUAGGUUGCCGUUUGUAAAGAAUCAAUAGUGCCGCCAUAACCGGUUGAAGAUGUUCCACCUCCCACGCGAGAUGCGACGUUCCUCACCAGCUGUCUGACGGAAUUCAGCAACGGAGCUUAGCCGCAGAAGCUCGGUGGACGAAGCAAUGACUUCUUGGAUGAAGGCGCUGGCGUACGGUGCUGGUGGGAUCGCGGUGGUCGGAAUGGCCACGUUGGUAGCUUUCCAGGAGCGACUUGUCUAUGUGCCGGUGUUGCCCGGUCUCUCCCGCGCCUAUACCAUCACGCCUUCUCGUUUCCACCUCGACUAUGAGGACGUUUGGCUUCGUUCUUCUGAUGGAGUUCGACUUCACGCUUGGUUUCUGAAACACUCUCCUCCUGUUUUAGGUCCGACAAUUCUCUUCUUCCAAGAAAAUGCUGGCAAUAUUGCCCAUCGUCUUGAAUUUGUCCGGAUAAUGAUGCAAAAACUGCAUUGCAAUGUGUUUAUGCUGUCAUAUCGAGGGUAUGGAGCAAGUGAUGGCUAUCCAUCUCAACACGGAAUAACGAAGGAUGCUCAGGCAGCAUUGGACCAUUUAUGUAACAGAAGCGAUGUGGACUCAUCUAGAAUAGUUAUUUUUGGAAGAUCUUUAGGUGGUGCAGUUGGUUCAGUGCUUGCAUGGAACAAUCCUGAUAAGGUCUCUGCUCUUAUUUUGGAAAACACCUUCACCUCAAUAUUGGACAUGGCUGGAAUUAUGCUUCCGUUUCUGAAAUGGUUUAUAGGUGGCAGGGGAUCAAAAGGCCCAAAAGUUCUUAAUUGUCUUGUACGAUCGCCGUGGAGUACAAUUGAUGUCAUUGGGAAGAUCAAGCAACCCAUUCUGUUUCUAUCUGGAUUGAAAGAUGAGUUGGUUCCUCCAUCGCACAUGAGGGUGCUCUAUGAUAAAGCAGCAGAACACAACAAUCAGUGCUUAUUUUUUGACUUUCCUGAUGGAAUGCAUAUGGAUACAUGGUUCUCUGCUGGAGAUCGGUAUUGGAGAACUAUUCAGCUCUUCCUGCACCAAUAUGUACAGGACAGCAGACUGAAUUUCAAAGAUGACCCUAUGGAAAAAGAUUCUGCAGCAAAAUGAUCUCAGCAUUCCAUAAUGCAGAAUCUACCAGCCACAAAGCAGGCCAAAGCGGUGCUUUUGAACCUGCUGCUGAAGCAUGUCAAUUAACAGGUUCAACCUGCUCUUCGGGUCAACCCGAUGGAUCAAAAUAUGAUUUUUAACCUGUUACAAUAUUAAAUGAGGCAAUGUAUGAAGAUUUUAUUAUUAUUAUUAUUUUGUUGAUUUCUAAUAUGGUAUAAAGUCAUUAUCUAUGAGAAAGUUCCUCAGUGUAUAGAGUAUUAUCUUUUCUAUCAUGCUGGUGAAUUUGAAGUUACUGAAAGUGUUGAAUGGUUUGAUUGUAUUGAAAUGUUAUUUUUGUUUGA